CACGUGGUCAGCAACCACCUAGUUUACAACAUGUCUGAAACUGAAUCAGGACUCGCUUUGUCCAUCUUUUGUCUACAGAAUAAGCACACAUGUGCAAGGAAUAACUAUAUUAAUGUUCAGGUGUAGGUAGGGAUAAUGGCUGAGUUCCGAGUUGGAGGACUGUUGUUUACCUCAAAGUUUGACUCCGGAAACUUAGCAAGGGUGGAAAAAGUGUCCAAAGAUGAGGACGAAGAAGAUAAUGUGAAGUACUACGGGGAGCCAAGGCCUGACUAUGAGUUUAAUGUUUGGACACAUCCAGACUGUCAUGGGACAGAGUUUGAGAAUGGAAAUAGAUCCUGGUUUUAUUUUGGCAUCAGGGGAUGGGCACCGAAUCGCCUGAUUAAGAUCAACAUCAUGAAUCUGAACAGACAGGGCAAGCUGUACAGCCAGGGUCACUCUCCAUUCACCAAGACGGUCCCUGGAAAACCGAGGUGGGAGAGGAUUAGAGACAGGCCCUCGUAUGAGAAUGCGGAUGGUCAGUUUAUUCUGACCUUCACCUAUCGUUUUCUGGAUGUGAAGGGAGCCAUUACCUACUUUGCUUUCUGCUAUCCUUGGUCGUACAUGGAACAGCAGGAGAGGUUAAACGAAUAUGACAAGAGAUUUGCUCACUGCAAAGAAAUAAGCAGCUCAAGUCCAAAAGACCGAAUCUACUACCACCGGGAACUGCUAUGUCAUUCACCAGACAAGCUACGCAUUGAUUUGGUAACAGUCAGCUCCUGCCACGGAAUCAGCUCUGAAACAGAGCCUCGCUUUGAUCAUAACCUGUUUCCUGAAAAAGAUGUUCAGAGGUGCAGAAAAUUUCAUGGAAAAAGAGUGUUUUUCCUGAGUAGCAGAGUUCAUCCAGGGGAAACGCCAGCCAGUUUUGUAUUCAAUGGAUUCUUAGAGUUCAUUCUAAAAGAAAAUGACCCACGUGCCAAAGCUUUAAGAAGACAGUAUGUAUUCAAGUUUAUACCUAUAUUAAACCCAGAUGGUGUUCAAAGAGGGCAUUAUAGAACUGACCAGAGGGGAGUGAAUUUGAAUCGAAUGUACUUAGACCCAAGCAUUGACCUUCACCCCUCUAUAUAUGCCUCGAAAAGUAUGUUAGUGUAUCAUCAUGUGAAAAAUAGGGUCGUAAGAGAAAACGACAGUGUGAAUAUCCGUAUCAACUUCCCAGGGUACAUUUUGACCUCUAGUCCCGACCCCCCCACCCCUCGUAAAGAGGUUAUUCAUCACGAUGCUGGAGAAGUGAAUAAUCACAGUAAAAUGGCAAGGAAUGGUGCUUAUUCUGCUGGUAAAGACAGAGGUGUUCAGAAUGGACAUGGAGAUCCCUUUUCGUUACCUCCCAAGGAGAACUCCUGGGUUAGCCAGACCAGUACACAUGACGGGGGACUGAUGCCCCCCUCUGGUAGGAUGAGGAUCGAGCCCUUGAAUUUAGGAGAUCUGGACAGAAUGGACACAACAUUAAGUGAAUCUCGUAAACUGAUGGGCAACGACAGCAUUCACAUGUCGUCUUCCUGUAGUAGUGUGCUGAGCAAUGUGACUCUAAAAAAUGAGAGGAAGACGGUGGACAGUGAAUUACGUUUGCGCCUCUCAGAGCUGAACAUGUCCGACGAUUGUCGCGGGAAAAUGACAGGACUCAGCAUGAUGACAUCACUGAGCGUGGGACUCAACGACUCUGACACCGAGGAUCUGUACAACACUGAGCACCUCGGGAAUGAAGGCUCGGAGGAUGAGGACGAUUUUGCUUCCUCUUCCUUUGGAAACAAUGCCCCACAUCUCUCUGACACUUCCCUGCUCCAAAUACCUCCCUGUGACAGUGGCAUUGCAUUCUAUGUUGAUCUGCAUGGGCAUGCCUCUAAAAGAGGAUGCUUUAUUUACGGAAAUUAUUUUGAAGAUGAAGAUACUCAGGUAGAUAAUAUGCUUUUCCCCAAGCUGAUCUCCAUGAAUACUGCCCAUUUUGAUUUCACCGGUUGUAAUUUCUCUGAGAGAAAUAUGUAUGCCAAAGACAAGCGAGAUGGAAUGUCCAAAGAAGGAAGUGGAAGAGUGGCCAUACACAAAGCAAUAGGAAUUAUCCAUAGUUACACUUUGGAAUGUAAUUAUAACACGGGGAGAAUGGUGAAUCCUGUCCCCCCAGCUCAGGGGGACGACGGCAAGGCCACACCUCCCCCAGUGGCUGGGUUCCCUCCCAAGUACACUCAGGCUCACUUUGAGGAAGUGGGUAAAGCAUUAGCCAUAGCUGCCAUAGACUAUAAUGAGUCCAACCCCUGGUCUCGUAUUGGCAUGUCCGAGCACAACCAUCUGACCGGGGUGAAGGAGAGUGUGAGGCGGUACAUCAGGAGCAUGAGGGGCGGGCCCAGGAUUCCUCGCAACCCCUCCAAGUCCUACCUCAGGAACAAUAGUGUAACCAGUAACAAUAGCAGUAAAACCAACAGUAACCAGAACAGCCGGGCUCCGUUUUCCCGUAACAACUCCACGGACACCAGUAACGGGAUCGGUAACCCUAGGUUCAACAACAGCACUAACACCACAGGAUCCCGAUUUAAUAGUGGCACAAGUAACGGUGGGUCAGCCUCACGAUUCAAUAGGAGGGACUCCUCAGCUAACAACCCUCCCAAGAGGGAGCUUGGGCCUGUCAGAGAGGCUGCCAGGCCGAAUUUGAAUACUCAGACACAGCAGAGGAAACGGCAGACUACUACCAACUAUGUCCCCCCUCAGACCUCCCGCUCCACCUCCAACCAGCCGGUCACCCUCUCAAUGACCACCGCGGAGGCCACCACCCACAGGCAGUACUCAGCAGAAAAAGCCACCAGAACAUUGGACGAAGAGAAGCUGAACCCACUCAAACAUGUCAACCUUCUUGCCAUUUCGAAGAAAUCAGGACCUCCUAGUCGAAUACCCUUACCCACAGGUCAACAGUUUAUGCAUUUGACCUCUCCAACAGUUCACGAGUUAUCUCCCCCUCGAGUGCCAAAUCGCAGUGGUCGUUACACCCAGAGAACCCCUCAGCCCUACCCAGUCAGGAAGGCCAGUGCAGAGGUUCUCUCGGUCAACAAUGAUUCUCCACUGGGGUCCCACAUAGCCGGCCACACCAGUGUCACCCCAGGGGAUCACUUGCCUUCAACCCCUGGCAAUUAUCCUCCACCACCCAUGCCUCUCCCCCCAAAUGAUAUGAACGGAAUGGACAAUGCAAACAGUGAGAGUGCCAAGCGUCGUCGACGGUACAUGUACAUGAAGAGAAGGACGGUGAACCAGAGUCCCAAGCUGGGCAGUGCCGCCUCCAAUAAAGGUCAGCAAAAGCCCAGUGACACAAGUAGUGAGGCAGAGCGUGCUAAGAAUAGACGUAGAAGGCGUAAAUCUCUGAGAAAAGUUAACCAAUCUCCGUCUUCAGAUGAGACGGGGCAAGUGGUCUUAGGUGUAGCGACAGUUAAUUUUGGCACAAGUUCUACUGGUGGCGGAAAACAUGGUAUAGAGGGCAGUACUCUCAGACUGUCACCAAGGGUUCUCUCAAUGGGCGGGACUCCACAACCCCAGUUUUUACGACUACCCAGGCCCUCCUCUCCCCCUCCGACAGUUAUCGACUCCAAUCAGAAAACAGCUUAACUCCGCGCCAGAUUCCUCUACUGUAAUGUACCUGGACAUCAAGAGGAAGACGACAUCGUCCAAGUCUCAGCGAGACCAGAGGUUCUCUCCCAGCAAACUGACCGUGUUCUGGAUCGAUGACUAACCCCUGAACUCUGAACCCUGAACCUCAACACAUCAACAUACUAUAAACAGUUGUAGUGGCUGAACUUUCAACUCUCUAAAUACAUUAAAGAAGUUCAGACUGACAUUUUAUUAUCAAAGAUUGAGCAUCAGUUUGUGAUGAAAUCAAAGGAAACAAAUACUCAAUGAACAGAGCAUCACAUUAACAUGGACAUUUCGUGGAACAAGGAGUUCUUAUACAUAUAUGUAUUACUAUGCUUAUAAAUAUUAUGAAUAUUCAUAGCUAGAGGGGGAUUGCAUGCAUAUAAUACCCAAAAUGUUUUGUAAACUGUGUCAGUAAGUGACUAGAAAAGUACUGUAAAUCUUGUGUGAAGAAGUACGAUACAAAUUUUCAUUAUUGUAACAUGAAAAUUUAAAAAAAAUUUAUUUACAUGCAUGUAGAUGUGAAAAUUCUUUCUAACUAGCAGUGUGAACGAAUCAUAUACAUCUUCAUCAUUUUAGAGCAACAUAUAAACACUAGAUGUUGUACGUGUACUAUUAGUACUAACAUUGACUGUGAUACUGUUUAACAGCAUUUAGUAGUUUGUAUGCCAAAUGAAGUUUUAUACAGGUAUUCUGUGAUUCAAUCUUUUAUACUCUUUUGCAAGCAUUCAAAGAGUGGAUGAUAGGAAACACUUUUUGAUAAACUUGAUUUUGCACCUAUUCAAGAAAAUGGUAUUACAGAGAAGAUUGAAAUUUUAAGGCAUUAUUUAAAUGUGAAAAACUUUAAUUCUAUUAUAAAAAACUGAAAUUAUUUUCCUGUAGAUAAUGUUUUUAUUUUAAAUUGCACAAAUAUAUGGGGUUUAUUUUAUUUUACUUGGCGUUUUAGAUAAAAUCCUGUGUGUGCUUAUUUCAUGGCUAUUAAUUUAUGCAAUUACAAUAAGAAUGAUAAAUAUGACACAAAACAAUCAAAUGCCAUGCAUACAUAAUAUCAUAAUUUAAAAAAAAAAACCAAGACUUUGUAUUGUUGUGAGGGUUAAUUGUUAGAUAAAUUAUACAAGUAUACUGCUUUCCUCAUCUAUCGAUGCCAUAUCUACAUUGUAUAUUGAUAUCUAGUCCCAGGAUGUCUGAUGUUGCCAGUGCUUAAUUUUGUUGUGAUAUUAUAAGAAGAUUUGUAGACUGAGAAAAAAAUGGUGUAAGGUUAACAGGGUGAUUUUUUGCUUCUCACUGAAUGGCUGAAAGUUGUAUGGGUUUUUUUAAUAUCUUGUUUUUGGUGGGUUUUUUUUUGGUGGGGGGAGGGGGGGGGGGUGCUACUUAGCACUUUGCAGUAAAUAUCUUCCUUAAACAUUUACUGAAAUGUCUGUGACGGUUAAAAUAAUGACUGAGGGUGGGAAGGGAUUUUUUUUUUAGGAACAGGUGUUUAAGGAGUUAUAUAACAUAUUUGCAGAUUUUACAUGUACUUAUACUUUUAUAUUACACUCUCGUCUCUUAAAAAUAUCUCUGUAUAUUAUACAUUUAUUUUAUGUAGAUCUGUUUAUCUUAUUUAUUUUUUCAAUUUAUUUUGUCAUAAGACCUGUGAUAAAUUAAUCAUAUCCAAUUGUUAUAAUAAUUUUUUUUUAAUAAACCAAUUUUUUUCACCUAAUCUGUCCAACUUUUUAUUUGAUUAUUUUUGUUUUUACUUGAGCAAGUAGAAUAUAAUAUACGAUUUUGUUGAGUGAAGAAUUGUUUCAACAUAUGUAUUCAAAAAAUUAAUUAUAUUUGCAUGUAUGUGUUUAUGUUUUCAUUUAAAUGUAUAUUUCAGUCGUUUUAUAACCUAUGGGUCAGAUUUAGACAAUUUUGUUUUUAUCAUGCAUAUCUUGGUUGAUAUAGUAGGGUAGCGCUGUAUCAGAUGUGUUAAUAACAUAGAUGUCAUUCUGUCAGGUAGUACAAUUAAAAUAGUGCAUUGUGAAAAUUAAAACAGAUCUUUAUUUACCCAGGAACUGCAUGUUUAACAUUUAUAUGGAAAUUAUGCAAAAUUGUUUUAAGACACUCUUCCUGAUCCAGAUUGUGAUCAAAUUACAAUGUUUUUGUUUUGCUCGUAUGAUGUUUUUCGCUGACAGAUAAAGAAACAUUUUAAUAUCAGAACCAAAAA